AUGAAGAAGAUUAGAAGCAGAGGUAGUUUUUAUGGUAAUUGCCCUCAAUGUAAUAAACCUAGGACUAACCUGAAUUUUUGUAUUAAUUGCCAACAUAAUUAUCACAUUGAAAAUUUUGAUAGGUGGUCAAGUGGUAAUUUGAAGAUUGACGAACUUAUUAGAUAUACACAGGUAAACUCGACUCAUCAUGAUCUUUUGGAAUGGAUCAAAUGGGAUGAUAUUGAACUUAUUGAAUACCGUGAUAAAGGUUGCUUUGGUGAAAUCCAUUCUGCGUACUGGUUGAGUGGUCCUUUGUCUAUGUGGGAUCGUGAUUUAGAGUACUAUAAUAGACAUGGCCCAACUAAAGUUGCUAUCAAAAAAAUUGAUAAUUCGCAAGAGCUCAGUCAAGAAUUCGUAAACAAAUUAUAUGAUUUCCAUCGAUGUACAAAAAACAAUUACAUUGUAGAUUUUUUUGGUAUAACGUGUGACGAUACAUCUAAUUAUUGUUUGGUAUUAAAGUACUAUGAAGACGGAAAUAUCUAUAAAUUCCUUGAUAAAUCAGAAGGACUAUUGUGUUGGCGAGACAUAGUUGAAAUCAUUUGGUUGAUCGCUGGUGGAUUGAAAUGCAUACAUCGAGAAAAAUUAUGUCACGGAAAUUUUCAUUGUGGAAAUAUAUUGAUCGAUAAUAGAGGUGAUCUCCUUGAUGUUGCGAUUACUGAUGUUGGAUCUGGAAUCCGUCCAUUUUCAGACAUUGCUCACGACGAAAAACUUGCAAAUGAAAUAAUCGUAGAUGGGAAAAGGCCAAAAAUAUGUGAAAACAAUUUUCCAAAAGUUUUUAUUGACCUUAUGAGAAGAUGUUGGGAAAACGACACUAAAAGACGGCCAACCGCAAAGGAAUUAUUUGAAAUUACUGGGAGGUGGGUAUCCGAUACUUGUGAUAAUCCGAGUCCCAAUGAAACUAGUCGUCAAUUUGAUGAUGCCGAGGAUAAAAAAUUCAUGGAACUCGAAAAAACCCCUUUCUCCCAACCAAAGAUUCAUCCUUUAGCAAUUUAUACGAGCAGACUACUGGAUUUUCCUGGAAUUCGAAUAAAAUUAAUUUGUUUUAAAUGGACAGCUUUAAAGUUGGCAGUUGAUCAUCAAUGGGGUGGUGUUGACUCUGAGGAUAAACAAGAAUGGCUUAUUGGUGAAAUUGUAGAUUAUUUCGAAAAAAAUCAUAAAAAUGCCGAUAUUGAAGAUUUAGAAAUGAUUUUGACACAAGUUAUGAUGGAUGAAUUUGAUACUCUAUUAGAAGAUGAUUCGGCAUAUCAGUUAUCAUAUGCAGAAGGAGAUUAUCCAUUAGGUUACAAUUACUUUAAACUAAAAUUGAAGUCUGCCUUUAUUAAGAAAAGUGAAUUAACUGAUCCAUUGAAAAUACAAGAAACAAUUAAUCACAGAGAAUACCUUUUAAAAUGGUUCGAUUUCCCUCCAUACAAACUUGAUUAUUAA